AGAAAUUGCGUAUAACUACAACUAAUAAUUAAAAAGUAAGAAUGCAUGUCAUACCCGGGAUGACAUCAAACAUUUGUAUAACACCCAAAAGUAGGAUAAAAGAUUAUUAGUCCCAAGCAACUUACACACACAUGCACAUAUAAUUCUCUCACCGAACAAACAAACCUUAGCAAGAAAGAACACACAAAACCAAAACCAUGAGAACGAGCAACCACCUGAUCGGCUUCCUCAACUUCCUAACGUUCCUCCUGUCCAUCCCCGUCCUCGGUGGUGGGAUAUGGCUGAGCAGCCGGGCCACCACCACCGACUGCAUGAAGUUCCUCCAGUGGCCCCUCAUCAUCAUCGGCGUCUCCAUAAUGGUGGUGUCACUGGCGGGAUUCGUGGGUGCGUGCUACCGCAACACCUUCCUCAUGUACGUUUACCUGUGGGUCAUGUUCAUCAUCAUCGCCACACUCGUGGGCUUCGUCAUCUUCGCCUACUCAGUGACGGAGAGGGGGUCCGGGCGGGCAGUGAUGAACCGGGUGUACCUGGAGUACUCGCUGCAGGACUACUCGGGGUGGCUGGCUGAGCGCGUGGCAGGUCCCAGGUAUUGGAGCAAGAUCAGUUCUUGCAUUAGGGACUCGCAUGUGUGUGGGAAGCUGGGCAGGAGUAUUGCGGGCGCUCCGGAGUCCGCCGAGUCGUUUUACCUCAGGAAACUCACUCCUGUUGAGUCGGGAUGUUGCAAGCCCCCCACAUCAUGCGGCUACACUUACAUCAACGAGACGGUGUGGACGUCGGGAGGGGGACUGACGGGGAGCGAUCCCGACUGCACGCGAUGGAGCAACGAUCAGGAACAGCUCUGUUACAGCUGCGAUUCAUGUAAAGCGGGGGUGCUGGCGAGCCUGAAGAAGAGCUGGAGGAAGGUGUCUGUGAUCAACAUAGUGAUAUUGAUCAUUCUUGUUGUGCUGUAUGUGGUUGCCUGCGCUGCAUUUAGGCACAACAAACAGCUCGACAACGACGAAGCCUACGGUGAGACUCGAAUGGAGAAGGCCAGGCCCAGCGCCCUAUGGUGAGACUCAGACGACGCUCCUGGUUCAAGAAUGAUCAUUUGUAGUUUGGAUCGUGUAUGCAUCCUAAUUUUAUGUUUAAAUUUUUAAGUGAUGGUGUAUUUCAUGUUACGGAUGCUUGGCUGUGUAUAAAUAAUUAAGAGAUUUGAGUACUA